AUGGAAGAAGAAACAGUGUCUGUUCCGCUUCUUAUCUUCCAGUCUCUUUCGGAGGUUGUAUCGGGAAUAUCACCGCUACUAGUUCUUGCGCUUGUCAUUUCAAUUUGCAUUUUGACCCGAAUCACUACUGGAAUUACUAGUCGUCUAAGCAGAACAUACCCAGAUGGAACAAUAUCAGUAAGGCAGGUCCCAUACUGGCUCCCGUAUGUUGGACAUGCGUUCUCCUUGGGUUUCAGACGGCGGAAGCUUUUUGAGAAUGCACGAAAAUCCACCAAGGAGGCUGUUGUUAGCCUCAACGUUCGAGGCAAAUCUCAUAACGCUAUAUUCAGUCCAGCCAUCGCAGCGGCGUUGUUGAAGCAGUCAUCAUCACUUUCCACUGAGCCUGCAACCGAUUACAUUUUAAAAAAUGCCUUUGGUGCGGGGAGAAGUGUUGGGACACUUAACCGUAGUGACUUUUACGGGGGCUCCGGGCCAAUUCAGUUUCUCAGCAAAGAACCCUGGCUAACUGAUAUUACUUCUGCUAUUGCACGUCAAGUUCAGCAAGCUAUGCCGAACCUGCUAUCAUUCUCCCCCAGUGUUGUCGAUCAGUCAACGUGGGAGAGGCUAAGCGACGUAUCUAUUAGCCAUGAAAAUGGAGAGCCAAUUUGCGAAGUCUACCUAUUUGCCCUUGUGCGAAAUUUCAUCGGUACGAUAUCCACUACCGCCCUUAUGGGAAGCGCUUUUACAGAGGCUUUCCCAUAUGCUCUUAACGAGUUAUGGAAUUUUGAUGGGAACUUCAACGCAAUUCUGUCGAGUAUUCCUCGCUGGAUUCCGUUUCCGGGACUUGUGUCUUCAUAUUCAAGUCGCCGGCGUCUAUUACUUGCCAUGAAGGUUUUCCAUGACGCGUUUGCAGCCACUGAAAUCGGAGUGGAUCCUGGAUUUGAUUGGCGGGAUAUGGACGACGUCUCAGAGGCUGUCAAGGCCCGUUCACGAGCUUUGAUCGAGGCAGGGUGUUCAGCGGAAGCGGCGGCGUCUGAACACCUGGCCUUCUUCUGGGCUAUGAAUACGAUAACGAAUACGUUAGUAUUUUGGAACUUAGUUCACAUUCUCUCCGACGAAGAGCUGCAUGAAAAGAUACUAGAAGAAAUCGCACCUUAUUCGAAUGCGGCACGCCCCGACUGGCGGGAAUCGGGCUUUAAUAUCCCUGAACCACCUCGCUUGCGUUUGGAUGCCAACGCGCUUGUCUCUUCUUGUCCAAUACUGAAGGCUACCUACUAUGAAAGCCUUCGCCUCUACUCCUUGCCGCUAAGUUACGGACAGGUAACGAAGGAUGUGUCCCUAGCGGAGCCUACAGUGGCCGAUUCCCCAUCAUCGACUUACAAGUGCGAAGCCGGUACUUAUGUUGCUAUUCCGCACUUCAUACACAAUAUGAAUACCGACUCCUUCCACGAACCAACGAAGUUCGACCCACAGAGAUUUUUCCCUCAUGAUCUAGAGAAAGAUUCAGAUACCCCCGACAAUUACGAAUCAUCUGAAAAUGAGAAGUUGAUAUCAAAUGAUUCGAUUUCCCAAAAGGCAAACGAUAUUUGGCCGAGUGAGGCCAGCCCCGUCCUGGGCUUCAGUCGCGAGUUUGCGGAGGGGCAAGCUCUUGUCUUUACUGCUGCUUUUCUCACGAUGUGGAAUAUUCAACGGGCAAGUGGCAGGCGCUGGACAGUUCCACGCCAGAAGGCGGGUAGCGCGGUGUGUGUGCCCAGGAACGAUGUCAUGGUGAGGAUGAAGCUAAGGGUGUAG